AUGGCUGAUGAGAAGGAAUCAGCGGAAGCUGUUGGUCGAAGCUGCAUCCACUGCGACGAUGAUGAUUACGCUGACGAUAUGGUCCAGUGCGACCGCUGCGACUCGUGGGCCCAUUUUCGCUGUGCCGGUGUGACCGAAGCGGUGAAGGAUGCGUCGUGGAACUGUUCGAAAUGCAGCACCCUGCUGCAAGUACCGAUUCGUACCGACAAGAAGGCGCCCAGUAAGAAGGGGCCGACGAAGAAGACCACAAAGAGCGAUGGUGGCUCAGAAUCCGGUAGAGGUGCGAAUUUGGAAAUUUCCCUCCAACAGAUGGAGUUGCAGCAUAAAGCUCUGGAAUCAGAGUUAGAAGAGAAGAAAAUCAUCCAUGAAAAGCGACUCGAAAUGGAGCGCUUAAUUUUAGAAAAGCGAAAGGCACAGCGAAAGGAAAUGCUGGCGAAGGAGAAGAAACUGAUGGAGCAGCAGUUAGCAGACGAACGGGAGUUCUUGGAGCAACAGAAAAAACUCCGAGUUAACUUCCAGCGAGCUCGUGAAGAGCUAUUUUGCCUGCCCGAAGGCGACCAAGAAGAAGGCGCUAUCGAAAGAGAAGGAACCUCCGACAAGGUGCGGAUGUGGAUGGAGUCCAUUCCAACGGAUCCACGAGGGGCUUAUUCAAAGGACCUGCGACGGGCUGGAUGCAAUCCAUCAGAAACCAAAGCAAAUGACGUAAAGAAAAAUAAAGUAGAAUUCCCAAUACCCAAGCAAGUGCCCGGGGAUUUGUGCGGUCGGAAAUCAGGCACAGUUGAUCGUAAGCAACCAACGCUAAUGCUAAACGGGUCGGGGUUGAAUUCAACUGGCAAUUCCCACCAAAGCAAGUUUUCCCAUAAUCAAAAGGGGAACGCAUUUCUACGGUCGUUGUUGCUGGACAACGAAGAAAACGAGGAGCAAGAUGAGGAAGAGGAACAAGACUCAAUAUUGCAGCAGGAAUUAACGGAGGAGGAAGAAACCGUUCUUCGGAAUCUUGUAAAUCGCCGAAGACAGAACCGAACGGGGUUUCAGCGAGCAGGGCCAGCUAGAGGACCAACUCCGGAACAGCUAGCCGCGCGACAUGCAGUGUCAAAACAUCUUCCUAUCUUCAAAGGGGAAGCGGAAGUUUGGCCGCUCUUCAUAAGUUGCUAUGAAACUACUACAGCAGCUUGUGGAUUCACCAAUACAGACAACCUGAAGAGACUCCAGGACAGCCUUCAGGGUCUGGCGAAAGAAGCUGUGCAGAGUCGCUUAUUACUGCCAGAGUCGGUUCCCGAGGUAAUCGAGGAUCUCCGCAAGUUAUUCGGCAAUCCGGAAAAGCUACUGAAAUCGCUGGUAGCUAAAGUCCGUAGAGCUCCAGGACCAAGUCUGGAUAGACUUGAAAGUUUCCUCUACUUCGGGAUCACUGUUAAACAGUUAUGUGAUCAUCUCGAAGCCGCUGGACUACAUGAUCAUCUGAGUAAUCCGAUGCUAGUGCAGGAGCUGGUUAGUAAGCUACCAUCCGAGUAUAAACUGGACUGGGUACGCUUCAAGCGGGGAAAGAUAGGGACUCCGCUUAGGCUGUUUACUGAUUUUACCAACGAAAUCGUAUCAGAAGUAUCGGAAGUAGCCGAAUUUAGUGGCCUAGAAACAAAGGGGCAGAGAGAGGUCGGAAAACCUAAGGGAAAGAAGGAGUUUAUGCACACCCAUUCAGCACAAAACGUCCAGCCGUACGUAGCUCAUUCCACGUCGGCUCCCAAAGGAAAAAGACCGUGUGUCGUUUGCAAGAGAACGGACCACAAAGUGCGAUUUUGUGACGACUUUGAGAAACUAACACUACGAGAUCGACUGAAGUUAGUAGAGAAGUAUAAGCUCUGUGCAUUAUGUCUGUGUGAGCACGGCCGAACUCGCUGCACGUUCAAUGUUCGGUGUAACAUAGACCAUUGCAAAGGUGGGCAUCAUCCAUUGCUCCAUCGCACUGAAGAGCUCGUUCAGGUGGCUGAUGUCGAAUGCAACACUCAUCUUCGCUCAAACCGUUCAGUCCUUUUUCGCAUAUUACCGAUAACUUUGCAUAAUGGCAAGUCGUCUGUAAAUUUGAUCGCUUUCUUGGACGAAGGCGCAUCUGCAACAUUGCUGGAGAGCACAGUAGCAGACAAGUUGAAUGCUGACGGUGUUCCAGAACCAUUGGUGGUUCACUGGACAGCGAAUGUGAAGCGGCAUGAGGACCAAUCUCGACGGUUGGAUUUGUUGAUCUCCCCGAGAGGAUCAAACACUAAACACCAGCUGAAGGGUGUUCGUACGGUAAAGAAUUUGAUGCUGCCAAUACAGAGCAUCAAGAUUCAAGACCUGGCGAAUCGUUUCGAGCAUAUGAAAGGCUUGUCUGCAAACGAUUACGACGCCGAUGCACCGCAAAUAAUUAUUGGCCUGGACAAUUUACACUUGUUCGCGCCAUUGGAGUCACGAGUAGGUGGAGUAGGAGAACCGAUUGCCGUCCGAUCCGCGCUAGGCUGGACAGUGUACGGACCAGAUAAACCGGUGUCAUCGGCAAAAGCGUUCGUGAACCACCACAUCACUCAUACCGUAAGCAACCAAGAGUUGCAUGAGAUGCUUGGAGCACAAUAUGCAUUGGAAGAGCUCUCUACAUCGAUGGUACCCCUUGCUGAAUCCAACGAAGAUAAACGGGCGCGUGAUAUUCUGCAGAAAACAACCGUUCGAGUAGGGGAUCGAUUUGAGACGGGACUGCUAUGGAAAAACGAUGUUCCUGACUUUCCAGACAGUUACCCGAUGGCGGUGCGUCGCUUGAAGGCGUUGGAGAGGCGGCUUUCCAGAAAUCCGGAACUACAGCAAAACGUUUUCCAGCAAAUCGUGGAGUAUCAGCGCAAAGGGUACUGCCACAAGGCAACAAAAGCAGAGUUGGGCGAGACAGCGACGAACAAGGUGUGGUAUUUACCGCUGAACGUGGUGCUUCAUCCAAAGAAGCCUGAUAAAGUCCGGUUGGUGUGGGACGCUGCUGCCGCAGUCAAUGGGACAUCACUCAACUCUAACUUAUUGAAAGGUCCCGAUCUACUUACUUCGCUGCCAGCAGUGAUAUGCAAAUUUAGGGAAAAGAGUGUUGCCUUCGGCGGUGACGUGCGCGAAAUGUACCACCAGCUGCGCAUACGAGAGGCGGAUAAACAGGCUCAGCGCUUUCUGUUUCGUUUUGAGUCCAGUCGUCCUCCCGAGGUUUACGUAAUGGACGUAGCAACGUUCGGGUCAACCAGCUCUCCGUGCUCGGCACAAUUUGUCAAAAAUUUAAAUGCCGAGGAGUAUGCAGGACAGUUUCCAGAUGCAGCGAAGGCUAUCGUGGAACGCCAUUAUGUCGACGACUAUUACGACAGCGUCGACUCAGAAGAAGAAGCCGUAAAGCGUGCCAAAGAGGUGCAUUUCAUCCACUCGAAGGCCGGGUUCGAAAUCAGAAAUUGGGCAUCGAAUUCGGAGAAGGUUCUACGGGAAUUAAAAGAACCGAACCAGGAGCGAACGAUACACUUUCACCAGGACAAGGUCACCGAUCGGGAGCGAGUACUGGGUCUCAUCUGGGACACGAAAUGGGAUGUGCUGUCUUUCUCGAUUCCGGCUCAGGACGAAGUCAUAAGUUCCGGAAUGCGCCCGACCAAGCGUCAAAUCCUGAGCAUCGUCAUGUCUCUUUUCGACCCGUUGGGUUUGCUUACUCCAUUCACCGUGCUGGGCAAAAUGUUGGUUCAAGCUCUUUGGCGGACCGGGUGUGAUUGGGAUGAGCCUAUCGACGAUGAUUCUAAUGCCAAAUGGCAACAGUGGACUGAGAUGCUACCGGAAAUAGAACGAGUGCGAAUACCCCGGUCUUAUUUUGGGAAUCUUCACUCAGACAGUUACGGCCAAAUCCAGUUGCACGUGUUUUGUGACGCUGGUGAGAAUGCGUAUGGUUGCGUAGGUUAUCUGCGAAUUGUCGUCAACCAAGAGGUGAGCUGUUCUUUAGUAAUGGCUCGAUCUAAAGUUGCUCCACUAAGGCAGCUAACGAUACCGCGACUGGAGCUGCAGGCCGCAGUGCUAGCAGCACAAAUGAUAAAGGCGAUUCGACAAAACCACUCACUUGAAAUACAUCGAGUUUUCAUUUGGAGUGACUCGCAGACAGUUCUGUCGUGGAUACGGUCGGAUCAACGAAAGUAUAAACAGUUCGUCGGUUUUCGGAUCGGGGAAAUACUGAGCUUGUCAAACCUGUCAGAUUGGAGAUGGAUUCCGUCGAAACUGAACAUCGCUGACUGCUUGACCAAGUGGGGACGUAUGCCCUCCAUGGAGCCUGGAAGUUCCUGGUUCAGAGGACAAGAAUUCAUUUGCCAAGCACCGGAAACGUGGCCACAGCAAGUCUUACCUCCAGCAAACACGACGACAGAAAUGCGGGCGGUUUUUCUCUUCCACGACAUAGUGCUGACCGGACCUUUCAUCGACACCAAUCGAAUUUCCAAAUGGAAUGUCCUCAUCAGAACGGUAGCUUGUCUAUACCGUUUCAUCUCCAAUUGCCGAAGAAAAUGCCGUGGUCAAUCUAUCGAAACCCUUGAGCCUACGGCGAAUCAAGAAAAGCUGAUCCGGGGAGCGCUAACAGCAACCAGAGUUGGACUACAGCAGGGAGAAUAUCGGAGAGCCGAAGAAGCUCUGUUCCGGAUGGCUCAAAGUGACGCGUUCGGAGACGAAAUAAAAACUCUCCGAAAAAAUCAGGAAUUGGAACAAGACCAAUGGAUACCCUUGGAGAGAUCGAGUCCACUCCACAAGAUGACGCUACUGUUGGACUCUUCCGAAGUUCUACGGUUCGAGGGACGAACCGCAAAUGCCGAGUUUUUGCCGUUCGAUUUGCGAUUCCCUAUAGUAUUACCCAAAGAUAACGCAGUGACGGCAAGACUGGUACAAUAUUUUCAUGCAAAGUGUGGUCAUGCCUUCAGGGAGACGGUAAAGAGUGAAAUUAAACAACGGUUCGUGAUUCCAAAGCUCAGCUCCGUCGUCGCUAAUGUGGAGAAACAUUGUGUUUGGUGUAAGGUCCACAAGAAUAGACCAAGCGUACCACGAAUGGCUGCGCUACCAAUUCAAAGGCUCACACCAUACCAGCGACCGUUUACAUUCGUGGGGGUCGACUAUUUGGGGCCAGUAGAAGUUACGAUCGGACGGCGCGCGGAAAAAAGGUGGAUUGUCGUUUUCACGUGCUUGGUCGUUCGUGCCAUUCACUUAGAGGUGGCUCACAGCCUCAAUACCCAGUCAUGCUUGAUGGCCAUCAGGCGCUUUACUUGUCGCCGAGGAUCGGUUGCAGAAUACUUCUCGGACAACGGGACCAAUUUUCGUGCGGCGAGCAAAGAAAUCCAGCAGCUGUACCGUGACGUGCAGAAGGCGUGCGCUGAAGAGCUGACGGAUGCGAGGACGCAGUGGCAUUUUAACCCCCCUGCUGCUCCCCAUAUGGGGGGAGUGUGGGAGAGAAUGGUUCGGACGGUGAAAGAGGUGAUGAGCGCUCUGAACGACGGGAGGAGAUUAACCGAAGAAAUUCUUCAAACUACAUUGUGUGAAGCUGAGGAUAUGAUCAACAGUCGGCCGCUGGUAUUCGCUCCGCAGGAGUCUCCUUUGCCUGCACUAACACCAAAUACUUUCCUUCGGGGAUCAUCUCCCAACGAGCCACAGGAGGUUGUUGUACCAACGAACGUUGCACAUGCUCUGCGAGAUUCAUAUAAGCGAUCUCAGCUACUAGCAGAUGAAAUGUGGAAGCGGUGGAUAAGGGAAUAUGUUCCCAGCAUCAAUAGUCGGACGAAGUGGUUUACAGAAACGCGCCCGCUGCAGAAAGGUGAUCUAGUGUACGUGGUAGAAGGAGAUCGACGGAAAUCUUGGAUGCGGGGUGUCAUAGAGAAACCGAUUAUGUCCAGCGACGGACGAGUGAGACAGGCGAUCGUGCGAACAAACAGCGGUACCUAUAAACGUCCGGUCGCAAAACUGGCGGUUCUGGAGAUUGCUGAGGGUAACGCUGAUCCGGUGAAAGGAGCCGGAACAGGAUUACGGGUCGGGGAUUGUUGUGGUAGCCAGCCCCCUGGUUUGUAGGACUGGGUAGGUUAUACACAGCAAUACGUACAAGCAGUUUACGGUGUAGAGAAAAUUGAUGACGGGACAAGCUGUCAUUUCUGAACAGAUAGAAGGUGAAGGAAGGCUAACAAUUGGAAUACCUAAAUUAAACCUACAAUUUGUUAAAUCUACUAAAUAUUAAUAAUUCCUUAAUGCUAAUCUUAACGCUAUUUCGGUAUCACAGGAUCGCUUAAAACUAUCUUAAGAUACGUGAUUGAAUAUCGGAACACCUCCACGUGGUGUAGACCGUUUAAAGAUAAUUGAGAAUAAGGUUAGUGUAGACAUACAUGCUUAAAACUUAAAGAAGUUAACAGUGUUCUUGAAACUUCUAACCGCAGAUUAGUAAAAACCCGGCGAACGCGAUUUGCUGACCGUUUUUAAGAGCCUUUUUGGGGCUGCAGGAGGAAAAACAAAAUUUGUAAGACUAUAUAUUACACAAUUAACUUAAAAUUUAAUAAAUUAUACUAUUCUAGCUUUAAGCUGCCAACUAAAAAAGGCUGCUCUAAGGAUUGUUAAUCCUCACAUCCGAACAGAUAGUCUCAGCUCCAUUGAGGCCAUCCGUGCGGCGAAGCCUGGAAAGCACUCACCGUAUUUCCUGGGGAAAAUACGGGAAUAUCUGAGUGCUUUAUCUGAAAAAUCUUACCAGAUUACCUUGGUUUGGGUCCCGUCACAUUGUUCUAUUGCGGGCAAUGAGAAGGCGGACUCUUUAGCCAAGGUGGGCGCAUUAGAAGGCGACACUUACGAAAGACCAAUUUGCUUCAACGAAUUUUUCAGUAUCUCUCGUCAGAGGACGCUCGAUAGUUGGCAAACCUCAUGGAGCAAUGGGCAUCUGGGACGGUGGCUACAUUCCAUUAUCCCGAAGGUAUCAACGAAUGCUAGGUUUAAGUGGUUUGAUUUGAACCGGGACUUUAUUCGUACGAUGUCAAGGAUCAUGUCCAACCAUUACUCGUUUGACGCGCAUCUCCGUCGUAUAGGGCUUGCUGAAAGUAAUCAUUGUGUUUGUGAGAACGGCUAUCACGACAUCGAGCAUGUUGUUUGGCUGUGCGCAGAGUACUGUGUUGCCAGGUCCCAACUAAUAGAUUCCCUUCGGGCCCGAGGUAGAUCACCCUAUGUGCCAGUCCGGGACGUCCUGGCAAGCCGUGACCACCCCUAUAUUUUUCUUAACUAUAUCUUUUUAAAAACCAUUGAUGUGCAAGUUUAAUACAUUUUACCCUCUCUCAUUCACAGUAGAAUCUCACCAACCUAUCCCUGUAUCUACAAUAUGGCAUUGCUUCAUGAGUCUUCGGUGCAUACCCUUCUUGAUAACCUUCUAUCCAGAACAUCAUGACAUACCUCACAUGCAGAUGAUAUGGAGAACAUCAUGACAGUAUCGGAGUGCCAAUAAUUAUCCGAAAUAUCGACCCUCUCCUCGCCCCUGCGAUUACAGGCUGGAAACUACAACACUACAACAAAGUGUGCAUAUCCGCCAUAAUGAUCAAUCAGCAAACGACGAUAUCAAUUACACAAUAUGAAUCCCACUUCCUACCUUUUUCCUUUACUUACAUAAGAGGGGAGCCGCCCCUAAAUACGGCUUUCCCUUCCCCCACUAACAUGUGACAUGUAAUUUAAAAAAAAAUGAAUUAUCGGCCUCGUUAA